AUGCAGCGGUUUCUCGACCAAGACUCCCAAAGCACCGUUCUCGCUACUUGCUACAGUGUUGAGCCGUCGACCUCCAAGGUCCACGGCUUCCACUACUGCACUACCCUGGGCGCCGGGGUACAGUGUCCUCCCUACGACAUCCUCGAUUCCCGCGUGGAACGAACCUGGCCUGGAAACAAUUGGCCAGAGUACAAGGGGGAGGCAACGCAUAACAUCCCGGAAGAGUGUGAGAGACUCUUUUGUGACAGACUGUCUGCGACAUUCCUGGGUGAGAGGAGUUUCGUGGGACAGGAGUCGCUGGGGAUGGAUGCGAUCCAAGAUAUCCAGUCUAAUCAAAUCGGACACCAGCAUGAUCGAAUCCAGCGAUGGAUAGAAGUGUGGGAUUACUCCAGUGAUGCUAUCUAUCGCGGAUUUGUGGCUGAACACAAUAAGGAGCGGACCUUGUUCGUCUUCUUCGAGGACUGUGCACUUGAACACGGCCUCAAGUCAGGGUAUGUACGCCCCUUGUCUUUCCUUGGACAAGUCAAGGCUUUCCCCUUUUGUUUAGAGACAGUCCUUCAUGUUGUCUUGGAUUCACCUGCUGACCUUCGCACCCCCCUCAGCUUGAUCGCUCUGUUCGAACUUGCCGAUAUUGCCACCUUUGGGUGCUCACAAAUAGUUUCCUGUGUCAGUCGCUCCCAGCGCACAGAUGAAAUGGAGCUCGUGCGAAGUCUAGGAUGGUGUGGAUUCAGCCUCACCACCUUGGCACCCUGGGUCUCACACAGCGACCAAGGACCCUGCCUUAGUAAUAAAUGGCUUUUCUUGGUCGCUGAAGUCUAG